GACCUCCUUUUGUCCGGUUUUACGCUCUUUUAGAAUGAUGACUUUUAAAUGGACUAUGCGAUAAUUAACAUGAUUUAAAGCGGCACUAUUUUUCAGAGGUUAAGGUUCAGAGGGCCCUUUCAACUAUGGAAGCUUCCCAUUUCGCCUUGGCGGAGGUCAGACCCACUGUGGCGGCCGUGGUGCCUGUCUCCACCUCCUCGCAGUAUCUUGUCCGUUUCUUCCGCGAGUACCAGAACAACUCCGUCAUCGUGGCGCAUUACAACUACACCGGCAAGCUGAAGGAGAACAAGUACCAGGGUAGCCUGAAGCCGGAGGCCAUUGUGUUCCUGGUCAUCUGCCUGCUCAUUGUGCUGGAGAAUGCCGUGGUCCUGGUGGCCAUCUGGAGGAACAAGAAGUUCCACCUGCCCAUGUACUACCUGCUCGGCAACCUGACGCUGUCUGACCUGCUGGCAGGGUUCACCUACAUGGUGAAUAUAUUGAUGUCGGGGCCCAACACGAUGAAGCUGACCCCUCUGAUGUGGUUCCUGAGGGAGGGUGGGGUCUUCAUCACCCUGGCCGCCUCUAUCAUCAGCCUGUUGGCCAUCGCCAUUGAGCGCCACGUCACCAUGGUGAACAUGAAGCCCUACCACGGGGCCAAGCGGGGCCGCAUGUUCGCGCUGAUCGGGGCCAGCUGGGUGCUGUCGGUGCUGCUGGGGGUGCUGCCCGUCAUGGGCUGGAACUGCCUGGGCCACCUGCCGGAGUGCUCCACCGUGCUGCCUCUCUACUCCAAGAGCUACAUCCUCUUCUGCAUCUCCGUCUUCAGCGCCGUCCUGCUCUCCAUCGUGGUGCUGUACGUGCGCAUCUUCCGCAUCGUCAAGUCCAACACGCAGCGGCUGGGCAGCCUGCGCAAGGGCCUGGCCCGCAAGUCCCAGAAGUACAUGGCCUUGCUGAAGACGGUCACCAUCGUGCUGGGCGUCUUCAUCGCCUGCUGGCUCCCGCUCUUCGUGCUCCUGCUGCUGGACUUCUGCUGCCAGGUGCGCGGCUGCAGCGUGCUCUUCAAGGCCGACUACUUCCUGGGCAUCGCCAUGGUCAACUCGCUGCUCAACCCCAUCAUCUACACGCUCACCAGCAAGGACAUGCGCAGGGCCAUCAUCAAGCUGCUGUGCCGCCACUGCCUCAUGACCAAGGACGGCCAGGUGAAGAAGAUCGGCUUGGCCUUCCUGGAGUGCAGCACCAGCAAGACGGAGGUGGCGUCCCACAAGCUGGAAGGCCUGGAGACCACAGUCUCUUCAGGCAACAUCACUCCCUCUCCUGUCAAAGCCCUGUAUCCCAAGGUGUUAAACUCCUGA